UUUAAAUUCAAAAUCAGAUGGCACAGAUUUACUUCCAUACAGACAUAACAUUUGUGUUUUUCUGAACUCGCUGAGUGUCUGCCGCUGUUUUGGCAGCUGUGUGACAGUAGGUAGCCUGAACAUAGUGUGGUGGUCUGGAUCUGGGUGGAGUUAAGUAUCUGUGUCACACUAGCUGGCAACUGGGAAAUCUCCCGCAGCAAACUAACAGGUGUCGUCCUCCUUCAGAUCCACAGUCACAUCACAUCAGGGGGGGCGCCUGUCUGUUCGCCUUCAUACUCUCACCUGCGACUGAUCUGAACGCGUUUACUCACUCUGUCUGAGCGUCCAGCUUUCUCUACAAAACUUUUAAUUUAUCACCACAAAUGAUGCACUCGGCGCAGAAAGAUACCACGUUCACCAAGAUCUUUGUGGGAGGUCUUCCCUAUCACACGACCGACUCUAGUCUGAGGAAAUACUUCGAGGUGUUCGGAGAUAUCGAGGAAGCUGUGGUCAUUACUGAUCGGCAGACCGGGAAAUCCAGAGGUUAUGGAUUUGUAAGUAACUCUGGGCAAGGUUAGAGUUGCCAUUUUAAAGUUGCUCUGUCUAGCACGUGCCCAGUCAGGGAUAUAAUGACAGAGGGGUCUGUGUGACUGUUUCCUUCUCUGCUUGACAGCCUGUUUUGAGUGACUUACCUGCUACUUACUCGGACAAACAAGACUUGAAAUCAUUUAAAGUGUCUCAAAUAAGACCUGUCUUCUCAAAUGUGGGCCUUAAAAAUCUGUGUGGCUGUUAGCUGUGUGGUUAGGUCAAUGGAAAAUAUGCUGUUUUUUUCUGUUUUCAGGUGACCAUGGCAGACCGGGCCUCUGCUGACCGAGCAUGCAAAGACCCAAACCCUAUCAUAGAUGGCAGGAAAGCCAAUGUAAACCUGGCCUACUUGGGGGCCAAACCUAGAGUCAUCCAGCCAGGUCAGGACCACACUUCUAGGAUGAGACUCAGAUCAUUAAAGACACAAACCUAAUUCUCACACAUACUCAUAUACAAGAGGUGAUAUAAUAAAUGUGAUGUCUUUUGAUGAACUUAGAAACACAAGUGUGAGAAAGUAGCUAUUUUUGAGCGCCUCAAAAAUACUGACAUGUCUAUGGUUCUAUUUUUUUCUCCUGAAAACAGUAACAUCAUCUUCAGAUCAUUUGAAAGGCACAACUGAAAGCAAAACUUUUUACUGUUUUCAUUUCAGGAUUUGCAUUCGGUGUGCCUCAGAUUCAUCCAGCUUUUAUCCAAAGACCAUAUGGGUAUGUUAAGCUGCAAAAAUCCAAUUUCCAUUACUUUUUUUUUUUUUUGUAAAAUAGAAAAUGUCUGCUUAUGUUCUUAUGUUAUCUGAUUAUUUUUGUAAUUAAUCAUUGCCUUCAACUGUAAUAUCCUGAAUAAGGACAUGUGAGUGCUGAUGUGUGCCUCUCUGCUUGGCGUUGACUGUGAAGGAAGUGAAUAUAAGCCGCUGCAGGACUUGACUUGAUGUUGUCUAUCUCUCUCUGAUCUGACAGGCUCGGUAACAGUUAAAAUAGCUGAUGAAGGGACAUGAUGAUUUGAGGAAUAGCUGAGUCUGCACUGGGCAGAGCACUAAAGUGUUACCUGUAAACUCUGACAUACACAAACGAACUGAAAUGGUGACUAGAUGCAUGGAAGUCUUUUUUUUUCAGUUUUUAUAGUACAUAGUAUUGUGUGUGCCUUGUUUUCAGUAUGAUGUGGUGUUCAGCUUAACUGUGUGCUCAUUUCCACUUGCAGUGGGGGAGGUUGGGUGGGGGUGACGCAGGUUUUUUUGUGCAGAUUUUGUGAGUUUAUUUUGAUAGGGAGCUGUAACUCUGUAAUGUGGUGUUGAUUCUUUCACACUUUAAAUGACUGAUUUGUGCUUUAGCUUGUGGUUUAUUUUUCUAUUCACUCCAGUUUCUAGUUAACAUUGUUGAUCAUGUUUUGUUGUCAAAGGGGGGCUGAUGAACACUCAAAGUGCUGAUUUCAAAAUCGAUUCCCCUGCAACAAAACAAACACUGGCUUGCAUGCCGGAGUUCUUUUCUGUUUCCUUACCCAUGAUGCUGUGUUUUUUUUUAUUAACCCAUUGCUUUCACUUUUGGCGUACAUUUACAGGUACAGGACACUGAGCACUAACUUUACCAAGACCCCAAAUUUCUUGCAUUCUGAAUUAUUUGUUUCAUCUCAACAGCUGUUAUUAGAAAUAAAAUUCUAACAUUUAGAGGCAGAGUGGUGAAAUAUAAGCUAAAGUUUUAUCUCCACCGAAGUCAGGCUCCUCUUUAAGUCAGGCUUAAGUUUCAUGACAUACAUUAGCCCAAAUUGUUAAGACUCCAUGGCAUUUUUUUUAGCUUUUUAUUGACAAUAGAUGAGGAUUAAUGAGCUUUACAAUGAUCUAUGACACACGUCUUUUAAACAAAGACUGAAAAGUUCCCUAAACUAUCGUCUGGAGACAGGGAUCUGAGCUGCUUUCUUAUGCAGCAGCUGGUGGCUACAAUGAUCUCCACAGCCUCUCAAAUUCAGAUGGAAAAUAGGAGUCACUCGGCAGCCCUGUUAAUAAUGUAUGGCAUGGACAGGGCUGUGCGGCUGUGGACAACAGGUGGAGUGAGCCAUGUGCCCCAUGAAGCCUUUUGGUUAUGUGCUAGGGAUUACCCAUGAGUCCUGGUGAUUUACAAAGCACCUUUAUUUAGCCCUUAACCACAAAACGUUCAUCUCAUCUCUUUCAAUAGAGAUGGCUUAAGUUAGCUGUACUCUUCUCGUGUCUGAGCUGUUGAUUGAUGAAAAUAAGGUCCCUGCUCAAAGAAAGUUUACCGGCAGGCUUGCUCUUACCCUUUCAAGUUUUAAAUUAUUUAUGUAAUUAGAGUUAUGUUUAAAGCAAGAACUGUGACAUUUGCUGUGAUCAUGAUCGAUCCAUUGUAAAGUCUCUGUAUUUUCACAGAGAGGGAUCCGACAGUCCCCUGUGAUAACUUUUUGAUCACUCAAGACCCCUCCUGUCUAUUGAUAAAGAAAUAACAGCAGGAAAGUCACUGAGACAGUGGAGAGAGUGGAGUGGUCAGCCAUUACAGUUGACGAGUGCCCUACCAUGUGUUACUGAAGGAGAUCAGCUUGUCCUUUGGAGAUGACAAGGGGAGCAAAAAUAGCAUGCUUCCAGCCUCCCUUGUCAGUCAAGUUGGCGUGUAUGUUUGUGUGGGGGUGUAUGUCUUUAAGAGGGGGAGGGGUGCUUGUCUAUGGACAGAUAUAACAGUUUCACACCUGCUCCUCAGUAUAUUUACUGAGGGUGACUUUAACACAAGUCUAAAUUGGGGUCAAACUUACCAAGAUACCCAGGGUUGUAUUUAUCCAUUUCUAUCUUGGUCUAUAUACAGAGUUGAGUUUUUUCCAAGGGUGUGCUCCUACUCCUGUUAUUCCUUUUGAAUAUUUUGUUGAUUUAUUUUUUUACAUAAAUAAAUCUACUUAACAGGAGUAGGCCUCAGCACGAUUUAAUGAACAAACAAAGCACCCACUUGAUAAAUUACUGUACGGUUGAUUAUCUGUAUGCGCUGCAUUGAUUAGCUGCUCCAUUUAAAAUAAAAACUCUUAGUCUUUUGUUCCUUUUGUUUGUGUUUAAGGACAAAUUAACAUGUGUGGGCAUGCCUGUAUGUGUGGUGGUGUUGUGACUGGACAUGGACAGAAAGUCCUCCUCUUUUCUUGAUAUGUGUGGUGUUGUGCGAUUAGCUCGCAUUUUGUCAUAUACUAUUUACAGUGACACAUUUUGGUGCAGAGCUGGGCUGUAUCUUCUUUUAAUGCCUCACUGUGUUUCAGAUUCAGGUGCUUUCUGAAUAGAAAAGCUGCGCUUGUGUUUCUUUGUGGUUUUGCUGCUUCCUAAACUUUUCACUUCUAGGUAGGGGUUUUCAGUUGUUAAUGAAUGGAUUUGCUGUGUUCUGAGGACUGGAUUGUUGUAUUUGUGGCGCCUGAUUUGCAGUUUUAGCUUUUGAAAGAUUAUGAGCUGUGGCUCGGCUGUGACCCUAUGUGUUUUUGUGUCCUACAGAGUCCCUGCCCACUACGUCUAUCCACAGGCCUUUGUCCAGCCCAGUGUGGUAAUCCCUCAUGUGCAACCUUCUGCCGCUACAGCAGCAACAGCUGCUGCUGCCACUUCCCCGUACCUUGACUAUACUGGAGCAGCGUACGCCCAGUACUCUGCUGCUGCUACUGCUGCUGCAGCUGCUGCUGCAUAUGAGCAGUAUCCAUAUGCUGCCUCACCAGCACCAACCAGCUACAUGACCACAGCAGGGUACGGAUACACCGUCCAGCAGCCACUGGCCACUGCUGCCACCCCAGGAGCUGCUGCUGCUGCUGCUGCCUUCAGCCAGUACCAACCUCAGCAGCUGCAGACAGACCGCAUGCAGUAAAACCACUGAACUACCUUUAAGGAGGAAAGCAAGAAAGGUCACACUCGUACCAUGAAGAGAGCAAUUCAAGGCAAUGGGAGACUGAAGAAGCUGAAUGAUGGAUGUUGCUUCCAGGUUUUAACUUAGCAGUCCCUCUACCAAAGAGUCAGAAGAAAAUCACCCAAAAAUCUGGAGCAUGAGCAUUAAAUGUAAACCUUAUUCAAGUGAGAUCAGUAUUUUUUCACUGUGUUAUACAUAGAAAUAUUUAAUAUUUAUUUAGCAGUAAAAUAUUUAAUGUUAAUUGAAGGAAACUCACUUAACUUCUUGUCAACCAUUGCUGAAUUUUGUAUAUAUGUUGCUGUGGAGUUUGUUUAAAAUUCCUUAGUACAUUUAUGUCUUAUAAUCCAGUUUCUUCCCCUCGACUUAGACAAAGGGAAACAAAAUAUUGGCAUAUACUUGAGAACAGCAUGCUACACUUUCAUGCUCAUUUCAGUCUUUCAAAUUUUGGAACAGUAUUUUGUUUGGUAAAGCUAUGCAGACACCGAUAAAGAGGUCAGUGUUUUGUUUGGAUUCUUCCUUUUUAUAAGUGUUUGGAGUGAGAUAGAUUAGACACCAUUGUGGUUGUAUUUCUUUGUUAGUAUGUAAUUCAAAUGCUGAAGUGACAGCUGAGAAGCACUCACCUUUCUUCCCCUUUACAAUGCACCUCAAGUUAGCUUAGUAAAAGGGAAGAACCAUCGUUGAAUGUGAAUCUCUCCUUCCCCUUUUCACAAAUUGUCUCAUAAUGUGCCUUUUAAAUUAUGCUAUUUAUGUAUUUAUUAUGGAGCCUUACAGAAAAACACCCUUUACUCUGUGUUCAUGUUAGUAUAGGCUUGCUGUACUACAUGGACAUGUGCUGCUGCAUUAUGAUCGAGCAUAGUAGGAUGUCCAAGCUUGGCUGAACAAAUCAAAACACUGUGCAUAAAAAAAACAAGAUGGGAAUGGAAAGUAAGCAAUAAGUCCAUCAAGCCUCUUUUUUUCUAAAGAUUAGAGUUUUUUUGUCUCAAAUAGAUUCUUAAGCCUUUAAUAAUACUUUUUUAUACUUGACCAGUUUGAUAAAGAAAGAAAUGAAAAAUGUUAACUUUUUAAAGUUUUUUUUUUCAUUUGAUGUCAUUAGACAGCAAAUGUUUACCAAUGCGAGGUUGUUAGGUGUUACUCCUUGCACUUUGUAAUGCAUGUCUCAAAAUAAUGCAAACAUUUAUUAUGUGAAAUAAAAGUAAAUUAAACUUCAUUUCCUUCCUUGUGUAAUGUUGGUUUUGCUUUUGAUACAUUGUGAACCCUUGCACUUGCACUUGUACUGUAAAUGUGACCUUGUGUGUGUGUGUUUCUCUGUCCUCUGACACAACCUUGUUUAAGAGUAGCUGUCAGGUUUUCCCUUACCAGCAACCAUCAAUGACAAAUGCAGUAAAAUAAUCUGUUCAACUAUUUUUGACAGGUCUCCCAACAAAAUUUACAUUUACAGACCUAAAAAUAGAAUUAUAAAUAACGUCUUGGCUCCUCUGUGUCUGGUUGAGAUCCAAAACUCAAUUUCUUAUUAGGAACACCUGUUAGCAAAUCUCCACCACGGGCCCAUCAACAUGUUUACACGCAUCUGUGAAACAUGUGUUGUGACCUCUAUGUAAUGACAGAGGGGUCACGUGAAACCUGUGAGUUGAAGACCCCUUUCGAGGACCCCUCUAAGGUUUUCUACUGACACCUGCUGGCUGACAUGGUUACCUCUUGUUAUCAUGCAUUUUUUGGUUAGGGUAAUGGUAUUUCCAGAGCUGGCCCAAGCCUCAAUGGGCCCCGAAGCAAAAUUUGAUUUUGGGGCCCUCUAUUUCUGCCAAUAAUAUUGAUUGUUGAUCACCCACACACCUUCACAAAUCUCUUUGAUUAACAUUCCAUAACAUGCAAACAUACCUUUAUCUUGGAGCUUUUUCUCUUCUCUGCUCCUGAAGGAUAUGUCCAUUUUGGCGACAUUGUUUUGACCAACAACUACUACUACCAAUUGUCUUGUCUCACAUAAUAUGUCUCUAAAAAUUAUCUACUAUUUACACAAGAGUUAUAAAGUCUGAUGGCUGUUGGUACAGAAGAUCUUCUGAAUCUUUCUGUCCUGCAGCGAAGAGAGAGGAACCGUCCACCACCAUUAGCCCUUUGGUCCAUCAAGGUGUUGUGAAGUGGGUGGUCCAUCUUCUUUAGAAAAACAUUAGAAGUUUAUUAUUAUUCAUUAUAAGUUUUUACUUUUUUUAAUUUUAUUUUUUACAAUAAUGUAUGUUUGUCAUACAGAAAGCAUCACUCAUACAUGCAAAAAAUAAAAAUAUUACUUCUUUUCCCCCCAUUGCUCUUGGGGGGGCCCUACUUUCCGCGGGGCCUUAAACAGGCGCUUCGUUUGCAUAUGCCUUGGGCAGGUGUUGUGCCUUAGAAUGCACCCCUGCAUCCCAUCCACUCAUUAGCUGCUUAAAGUGGAAGAAAAUGAUCUUGUAUUUAUAAAAAAUACGAGUAUUGGAUCAUGACAAUAUGUCAAAUGGAGCAGCAAACUUUCGUUCUGUUAUUAUGUGUCUCAAAAAUGCACAUUUUCUACCCAAGUUGAGGUGUACUUGGGUCUGUAAACUGUACAGUAAUCUGUCAAGGUAGAGAACAUUAUAUUUUGGGGACAGCAAAUAUUCCAAAUCAAAGGGCUAUUGUUUUCGGCUUAUCUGAAUGACCUGAAUGAAAUCAUUAAAGGCACACGCUUUUGAAUCCAUCCAACUUUCAGGAAAACUUGAAUUAUUUCGCCUUGUUGUGUACUUUCAACCGCGCUCCCGUCAGGGGGUGCAUUCUACGGCAGGGGUGCAUUCUAUUGCACAACACC